AUGUAUGUUGCUUCACUUUUAUUUAUCUCGAAUAUAUUGCUUGGCCCUCUUUUAACUUGUUUGCCAUCCAGUGCGUUUUCAGUAGGCGGCUUAAGCAGAUUCGUAGAUUGGUAUGAAACACUCAGUUAUGAGCCAUUGGCUAAUCGCAGGAAACGGUCACCUGAUGGCUUGUAUGCACCUCUUAGUCUUCAAUUCGCUUCACAUAACAGAUCAUUCCAUUUAAUUCUUCAUUCACUGGACGAUAGCACCAGUGUGUUUAGCGAUAAUUUUAUUUUUGAUGUCGACGGAAAAGACGAACAUGUACCAAUGCGAGAUUUUUUGGUGCACGGCCAUGAUAAAAAUGAUCCAGAAUCCAUCCUGUAUGGUUCAUUUCGUGAUGGAAUAUUUGAUGGGCAUAUACUUUAUGGUAAUGGAGAGUCUUAUACCGUCGACAAAAUCGACCGGUAUUCACAUUGGAAGCAUAGACCAAAACAUUUCCAUUCCAUUAUUUAUUCAGAUAGUUCAAUUAAUUUUUGGAAGCAAAGAAGGAAACGUUCAAUGGAGGAAACCAAUCAAAACUGUGGAUUAGACCAUAUAAUACAGCAAAAAAUGGAACUUUUGCAGAAUGGCAUUAUCUUCGAGGAUGAAGAAAAUGAGCAGUCCUAUCGAAACGGUGCAUUUGAUGAAAGAUAUAUAUUUGAAUCACGAUUUAAACGAGAUGCAGGAGAAAAAGACAUUAAAACAAUUAACGGCAAGCGAAUUUAUUCCGUCAGAGCAUGUUAUGUUUAUCUCCAAGCAGAUCAAAAGCUUUACCAGCAUGUUUAUGAAAAAGAAGGGAAUAUGGAUGAUGUCAGGACCCGGGAAGAGAUUGCAAGUCUUUUUUAUAACCACAUCAAAGCAGUAAAUCAAAUUUAUGAAAGUACGAGCUUCGGUGGUAUCAAUGGUAUUACAUUUGUUAUACAACGAAUCUCGCUUUAUACUCCAAACACUUGUAAAGAUGGCAAACCAAAAGGCGUAUCUCAGGAAAACCCUUUUUGCGAAGAAAAUGUCGAUGUAUCGAAUUAUUUGAACCUUAAUUCUCGCAAAAAUCACUCUGAUUUUUGUUUGGCUUAUGCAUUCACAUUUCGCGAUUUUGUAGGCGGUACUUUAGGACUUGCUUGGGUAGCCAGCCCAAAUCACAACACAGCUGGUGGUAUAUGCCAGCAAUAUACGAAGUAUAGCGAGGCAUCGAAUUUUGUCUAUCGUUCACUCAAUACAGGUAUAAUUACGUUAGUGAACUAUGGUAAUCGUGUCCCCAAUCGUGUGUCGCAACUAACUUUGGCUCAUGAAAUCGGUCACAAUUUUGGAUCUCCGCACGACUAUCCCCUGGAGUGUCAGCCAGGAUUACCGGAUGGAAACUAUAUCAUGUUUGCUUCUGCAACUUCGGGAGAUAAGAAGAAUAAUGCGCAGUUUUCAAAUUGUUCAAUAGCAAAUAUUACUUUGGUGCUUACCGAAGUUCUGCAACAACGACCAGUUGACAGUGAAGUUACAUUAAGGAUAGGUGGUUUUGGUAACUUGGGUGCGGGGAAGCGAAACUGCUUCAGAGAAGCGAAAUCAUCUUUUUGUGGAAACCAGGUAAAAGAACCUGGAGAAGAUUGCGACUGCGGGUACAGUGCUGAAGAUUGUCAAACAAUGAAAGAUAAAUGUUGCAAUUCUCGUCAAUCUGGACCUGCUUCUCGCUGCAAGCGUAUUCAUUCUGCACAGUGCAGUCCGUCUGAAGGACCAUGCUGUGACGCUUCCAGCUGUCAGCCAUAUGCUUCUAGAAAAACAUGUCGAGCAGAGUCAGAAUGUUUAAAACAACAGCAAUGUAACAGCAAAAGUCCAGAAUGCCCACCAUCUGAUCCUAAAGAAAACGGUCUACCGUGUCAAGAUUCGACCAAAGUUUGUAACGAUGGUAAUUGCAAUGGCUCAAUCUGUGCACAGGUAGGAUUGAGAGACUGCUUCCUGACAGUGGGAUCACCAGAACAUCUCUGUCAUCUGGCCUGCGAGGAUGAAAAUGGAACUUGCCGUUCCAGUUUUACGCUACCGCAGUUUGCUGUUGGUAAAUACAAGCAGUCUGGUCGAAAAAAUAAACCUGGGUUGAUUCUUCUUCCUGGUUCUCCGUGCAACAACUACAAAGGUUACUGCGAUAUUUUUCGGAAGUGUAGAAGUGUAGAUGCUGAUGGGCCAUUAGCGCGUCUUAAAAAUGUCAUCUUUAACCCGAAAACGUUGCAUGAAGUCAAAUAUUGGAUUCAAGUAAACUGGUGGGCUGUUGUCCUUGGUGGUCUCGGUCUCCUGCUUUUUAUGACACUUUUUAUCAAGAUCUGUGCUGUACAUACUCCCAGUACCAAUCCUAAUAAAACUCCAGCCUUAAACAUCUAUGACACUCUCCGUCGUCCAAAGAACCUCAUUCAACGCAAACAUGGCCGUGGAACGCACCAGGUUGGUGCAACUGUCAGUGAACGACAAGCUGCAGGGCAUUCGGAAGGUAGUGAAAGAGUAAACAGUCGCGCGGGUUUUCGACCGGCACCCUCAGCACCGCCUUUACCACCACCACCAACUAGCGUCCUUGUCAUAGAGCCACCACCCCCUUACACAGCUGCUGUUCCGGGAUCUUCCGUUGCACUUGGUUGCCCAAAACGUGGCCAUCGGAGGAAUCGUAGGCGAAAUGAUGUUGAAAUGCGAGCUAAAAAUCGGCGGAAUUAG